GUUGCAGAUUAAUGUCUCCACGCGCCUGCGCAAUGAACGGAAAUGCUUCGCGCGGUUUGCGCCUCACCGACUGUGAACCUGCCAAAUAAUAGGUAUCAUGUUCUGAGUUUGAUAUUCAGCUUCAAGUCACGCUGAAGACAGUAGAGUCCAGCAACCUUCAAGAAUGGCACAGGUUCAGGCCUCACAGCUGGAGAAAGUGAUUGAGGGGGUGUUGAAGAGCGGGGAUGUCCAAGCACUGGAUGUGUUCCUGCAAGGGUACAUACAUGAAGGAUUGUCCGUAAAGUGUUCCCAUCAGUUUCUCACCAAAUUGGAUAAGCUUGUCAGCAGGAGUUUAGAUCAAAAGGAUUCCAAAUUAGCCAGUUUGGGUUUUGCUAUCCUGUACAAGUUUGGGAAAAACCUGAAACUACCUGGUGAUUGUGAAGGUCUGCCAGCAUUAAUAGCUCAAGGCCUGCUCAAAAAGAUGGUGCAGUGGUUUGAGAAAUGCAGGCAGCUCUGGAUCCAGCGUGGCCCGCAGUGGGAUGAAAGCUUGUUCAACCUCUCUGAGGACUUCUUUGAUGCCUUUAUGGUGGUUCAUGAGUCAUGCAAAGAAGGGACACACAAAAUCACGGAGUCCUUCCUGUAUCCUGUUGGUCAGUUGGCAGUAGACCCCAGAAUCUACGUCCUGAUCCAAAAAGAGGCUAUUCGGAAAUUUAAUUUAAUUCUGGACAAAAUCCCUGUGGAGCUCAAGCAAAAGAGGAAGAUCCUAACAUCACAGGAGGCCUCAGACAUUAUGUUCAAGCUGGCUGGUCACAUAAUGGAGGGUGGUGAUUACGACUUGCAGACAGCCCUGAUGGAGGCGUUGUGCAGAAUGGCUACUCCUGAGCAGAGGAAGGAGCUGGCAGAUCGAUGGUUCAGCAUGCAGCACGUGGCCAGUGCAUUUGUCAAGAUCCGUGAUUCUGAGUUUGAGACGGAUUGUCGCAAGUUUCUGAACUUGGUGAACGGCAUGCAGGGUGACAGGAGAAGAGUGUAUUCCUACCCUUGUUUGGAGGUGUAUCUGGACAAGUAUGAGCUGCUGAUGCCCGCUGAUGAGAAGCUGGAAGAAUUUUGGAUUGACUUCAACCUCGGGAGCCACAGCAUCUCCUUUUACUUCUCUUUGGCUGGUGAAGAAGCACAGGAGGGCCAGUGGGAAACUAUAUGCAUCAAUGAGAAUGAAGUCAAAAGCUACUCAGUCACAGCGUGUUCUUUAUUUCCAGAGAAGGGCAAGAGGCACAUCUUGCACUUAAAGCUGUCGGAGGUGGUGGUUAUGGGUGCGGUGGAAGGAUCAACUCUUACCAUCCACUUCAGCUCCUCCCUGGACAUCCUGCAGGCUGCUCGUAAUGUCUAUGGACACAUUAAAAACAAAGGCUUUGUGGGAAAGAAAGGCACAUCUGUAGCGAAGACUACAAUAAAAGUUCUAAUGGAAGAGAACAGCUCCCAGGUUGUUCCAGAGAGUCAGGUGUCUCAUGGUGAAAGUGAGAAAAGCACUGCCCCUUACCCUUUGCCUGCCCCGUCUGCACCUAUCCAGACGGUGACCCCAGCUAAAAUGAAGAUGUCAGAGUCCACCACCUUCAUCAGCAGCAGCGGAGGAGGAAGUGUGCACAGUGCCCAUUCCCUCUCUGUUGUGAUGCCAUCAAAUACAUCAGCCAAGGUUAAAGCCAAGCUGUCUCUGGAGAUGGUUCGUUCUUGUGAUAAGAAGGGUGACUGUCACCUUGCAGAGCUAAGGACGACUGACACACCUAACACUACAUUAAUAGGUUGCAUGAUAGAGCAGAGUGAUACAUCUCUCCAGAGCAUGGUCUCCAAACAGGCCAGUAAGAAUAAAGAGAGCAAAUAUAAAAAGAACAUACCACUGGCUAAAGCAGCAGAUAUGGUUCUAGCCGGACAGGGAGAAGAGGAGCCAAUAGAAAAUAGUUUUGUGCCUGAUACCCAACCCAGAAGCAGCAGAAACACAUCCUCUAACUGGAGCAAACUGUCAGUUUCUGAAAUGCUAAUGAUGCCCACACAGAAAAUCAUUUCUCAGCCAAGACCUGAGCCCUGUUCAAGUUUGUCACAACAGCAGGAGCACCCGUUUUCAGCAAAGAGAUCAUCAGUUCCACUUCAUGGCCCAAUCAGCCAAAAGCAAUUCCACUCUGAACUCACAAAGCGUCUGAAGCCGUUCCUCAGUAAGGGGAAGCAGGAUCUUGCACCUCAGGAGCCUGCUCUACCCCAAAGAAAAAUGCCUGAGAACAGUGAGGGCUCUAAAGACAGAAGCUCUCUGGAGCGAUGUGCUCCUAAAGAGAAGCAGGUUCAAAGAAAUUGCCUGGCCAAAGGGAAGAGCAAAGGCCAGAUGUCACUGGAGGCUGAUGCUGCUCCAAUCAAAUCUCCAGCCAAUGCCUCCUCGACCAAAGCUGUGCAGGAGAGAAGACCAGCCAAUGUAAAGGCUGAUACAAGCAAGACCUUCUCAAACAAAGAGAAUAGAGAUGCAGAGCUUGCAAGCAGCAUGGUUAAGCUCAUCUCCAGGCGGUAUGAUUCCACAGCGAAACAUACAGCAGAAAAUAUCCCUCAGAUCUGGAAUCUUCCUUUGAUCAACAGUAAUAGGCCGAUCUUCAACAUGAGCUGGUCAUCUACUGUUAAAAAAGAAGUAUCUGGAGCUGUCAGCCUAAAUAAAUCAAACAACAAAACUGCAACAAGCCAUACAAAGCAGAGAAAAGAUAUUUUUGCAUUCGCCGUUGAUUCACCAUUGAGUAUUCGGGGAAAGGACAAAACCUUCAACAGCACUUCUGCCAUAUCGAGCAGUAGCUUCCAUGACUCCUCAGCACUCCCCACUACAACCAAGAAAGGGCAACCUGUGGCAAAAGAAAAGCGACAUGUGAAGAAACAUUUGUUCAGUGACACAGACACAGACUAUGCCACAGAAGUCAGCUGGCUGAGGGAGUCGGGCAGGAAGCCUAAACCCAAAGUUACCAAAUAUUCCAGACAGGCACCUGUCAAGCCAAAAGCUGUGACACCUCAUACUUCAUAUGAAUCUCCAGAUUUACCACCAUCCCCUCAGAAACCUCUAAAUGGCAAUACCAAACCCAAUAAGAAGAAGCCUGACAUGGAGAGAAUGGAGCACCUGAAGACACUGAAGCCAGCAGCAGCACCUAAGAGACCGAAUGCAGCAAACAGGAGGCCUCAGAGAGCUGCAGCCACCGCUAUCAAGUGCUACAAGGACCCAGACACUGAUGAGAGCCAUUCAGAGUCAGAGAAGCCUCCUGUUUCAAAGGCAAAAAACCUCCCUCUAUUUUAUUCCUCCUCCAUCGAUCAUCUGGAGCAUGCUGAGAAAACUCAUGAGGCUGGUCAAGUGAUGAAGAAAAAGACUGCCAUCCAUCAACCAACCAAAAGCUACGUGAAGCUGGAGAGAAAACAUGGCAGCAACCAGUCAGAGUUGGUGUCAGAGCCGCCACCCACUUCCAAGAAAUGUUUUGUUGGCCAACAGGGGAGAAUUGAGAAGACCUAUCCUCAGGUAAAGAAGAGAAACAGCACCUCAUCAAGGAGACAGGACAGUAACAUGCAGUCAGAUCUGAAAAAGCCAUCUGAUCUCAAGCAGCAGAGGCCUGAGAACGUUGUUCCAGAAAGUUCAAAGUUCUAUAAGAGAAAUGCCUCCCCUGCCCAAGAACAGAUGAACGCAUUGAAGGAUCCCUGGGCUGCUCGCCAGACUUCUUUUCAUUCGUGCCCUCGUUCCAUCGAGAGGAUAAGAUCUGCUGAGAGGUCAGCCCCAACCUUGGGUUUGACCUGCUCCUCUCUCCUCACCCCACGGGGAUCCCCACUCCCUGCCUCCCCCGAGCCUCCCUGCGAGGACACCCCUUCGCCAAUCCUGCUGCUACCAAAACCUCGCUCUACAGUCAGCAGCAAAGGACACUUCAAGCCCUCCUCCUUCUACAGUGCAGAAAAGAAGCCCAGCACAACCAAGACUCAGUCCCUACAGCCUGGCCCCACUCUCCCCUCACUGACCCCCGUAGGUCAAACUCUAGCUGGACCUAGUGCAGAAGAGAUGAGUCCAAUCCAGCAGCCCUCACCACUUCCAUCUCCACUGUCUCUGCCCACUGUGCCCCUGUUGACAUCUACACUGCUUGAGCUGGACAAGGUGUCCCUGCCCUCUCCUUCUCAGUCACCAUUCCCUGGGGACACUGACAACCAUGGCUGCCGUUACGGUUUUAGCAAAAUUUCCUCAGUAUCACAGGUUUCGCUGAGCAUGUCAUCCACCAAGUCAUCAGUAGUCAGUGUAGGAGUUAAGGAUAGCCCCACUGCUGUCUCAUCUAUCAAAGCAGAGAAAUCACCACCUUCAGACCCACAGCAUGCACAGCCUAUUCAUAUCUCAGGACCCAGUCGCAAGCGCUGCAUCUCCUCAUCCAGCAAUUUCGAGGAAGAUGAAAACGGAGAAAGGAAGAAGAGCAAGAUAAGGGGGCAGCGUUCGCCUCGGAUGAAACCCAGGAAGUUGUUCAAGUCCUGUAAGACAUUCGUUGAGGUGUCUGCUGACAGCCAGGUGAGCCAGGUGUUGUCUUCUUCCCACACCGUGAGCUCCAGUCACUGGGAGGUUGGUGUCGGGGAUGAAGACAUGGACAUGGAUGAGGAUUCAGAGUUGCCAAAACCUACUGUGAACCCGAGUAACUUGUGCCAGCAGUUCAGCUCUGAUCUAAAGAAGAAGUUUGAGAACCGUUAUAGGAUGAUGGAGGUUUAUAACAAGCAGUCUUUGAAGGCCGUGCAGCAACAUGUCUCCUUGCUCAACAUGCAAGUUACCAAAUACAGAACUGAGAGACUUGAACGUGUUCGGGAGGUUCUCUCAGAAGAGAUCUGUAAAUUGGAGCAGGAUGAUACUGUGCUGAAAAACAUGGAGAAAGACCUGGCUAUGCACUGGAAAAAGCAGAGCGUGGCGUUCCAUGCCUACAAAGAGCAGAAAAUCAGGAGAAACGAGACCCUGUCCACAGCCCUCCAGAGUAACGUGUGUCACAGCGUGGAGUAUGAGGAGAGACUAUUCACGUCCCAGAUGUGCCUGAUCAGAAAAGACAUGAAGUCAGUCCAGGACAGACUCCUCAGUCAGAUGCAAGAGGGGGAGAUUCAGAGUGUGAAAAGCAAUCUGCAUGCUUUGUUUUUCCCCUGAUGGAGCCAGGUUUUCAGCUGAGCAAAGUCCUGCCCAAGGUCUCUGCACUAUAAACAAGGUUGUGUAUUUCACCAUACUGUGCACACUGCACUGUGUACUUCAGCUCUGCUGAUUUCAUUUCAAAUGUUUGCCUCAAGUGUUGGUUUUUCAGGUUCUGCUUUUAUUUCGUGUUUAUUCUGACCUGGAUGUGUUGUUGCUAUUUGUUUUUAAUAGAAAGUUAUUCUAUUUAUAAUCUGAUGAAAUCUAUAAAUUCAAAUAUUUUUAGUGUUCUUUCAAAGUAAGUAUAGAUGAUAUUUGUUUUCCAUGCCUUACAUUGUCUUGACUCUGAUGUUUUUAUUAUAAGUUUCCGAUUUAUUCAUGUAGGUUAGUUGAGUUGAAAAACUAAAUAUUUGAAAUGUUAAAAACAUCACAUGUUUUUAAAUAACCUCUUUUACCUGAUUGAAUAAACAGUUUGAAAAAUGAGAAAAAGA